AUGAGUGAAGCGUUCUCUCUGAGUAGGCCCGUGCGCCUUCCUAAGACAACUCGAAUCAAAAAUGAGUCUUUUCGGGUUAAUAGCUUGCGCAAAUCGUCGAAACUCCGUAAAAUUCCUAUUAAGCGCCCAACAGUCUCUAGGUUUGACAGGUCAGCCUGCGAAGAGUUCAUUGCUUCCAACUACGAUGGUGCUGUGAAUUCUCCUUAUGAAGAGAAGUUCAGCUUUCUGAACCGUUUACUCGAGUUAUUACUGGAAACAUCACCAGAUUCAUUAAAUUCACAUGAGUUUUUCGAGUCGAUAUGUUCAAAGGUCAUCGUUUUCAUAAAAGAUGAUUUUCCAUUGCUGAGAGCUAUGAGCUUUCGUAUAAUUCGCUUGUGUCUCUUUACUGAACGAAACCUGACUCAUCUACUAUCCGUCUCGCACAUUGACAUUUACGUCGUUCGUGGGUUGGAUUUGAGAGUUGAGAACGAAGUAGAGCGCAUUGAAGCCUUGCAACUCAUUAGCCAACUAAUCCUUGUUUAUCAGUCCUCAAACCUCAAAAAGUUGAUAGAAUCCACAAAGUCUCAGAAAAACAAACAAAAGUAUGCUUUUCCACGCUCCGUCAUGCAACCUGUGAUAGCGAUAGCAUUAUCUGCCAUUAAUAUAACCGGAGUUGUUGAUAAGUCUGGAACAGGAGAUAAAAGUAGCGAACAAGUGCAAACAAACGUACGAAAACACUAUCACAGUGAUGAUGACAGACUUGCUCUGCCAUGUAUAGCUACAUUUUUGGAAUUUUGUAUAUAUGAACCUGACCAUAUUCUCAACAUGGCUGGAACAGACUGGAUGGUGCGUGUUCUUACCGGAACUGCAAAAGUUAGCCGGCGAAUCGCUUCCAUGGUUGGACGGGUUCUCGUUCAUUGGCUUGAUGAUCCUGAUGUGCGGCUGAAAGCUCAACUUCAUCUAGUGCUGGAACAAAUAUUCGCUCCUUUGAUUGAGUUUGGUUUCUUCCAAAAAAAUCCUGCGACGGUAGAUUUCGGCGAGAAAGAAGUGGAACGGAUAAUGAGCAACUUCUCUUAUUCCUUCUUGUGUAUUCUAAGAUCCUGGUCUGGAUUGAUAGCAUGCUCAGCCGUGGGUUCAAACAGUACGAUCAUCUCCUCUUCGCCUCUAAGACUCCUCGAGUAUCUGGGGUUGGGAACUGUAGAAAAUUCAAAUCUUCGCAAAAUUCGAGAUAUAAUCGUAGAUAUUUGCUGUGAAUUCAUGGAUUUAUCUUACGGCAACUCGAGACUGAACGACUGGAACAAAGCUGUUCAGUUUUACGCUUCGAGGACUUUUCCCGAUUCCUAUGAAUCCUCUUUGAAAGAAGAUUUCGUUCUGGCUCAGAGUGAAAUGAUAAUGAGAUAUAGCCCUGAGCAUUGCAAUCAUGUUGAUCUCCUGAGCUCAUUCCGUGCUUUUGCUUUUCUCGUGUUGAUUAAUGCUGGACUUCCUCAGGCUCUCUCGCGUUUGAUUGUUGCUCAACCAAACGCUCCUAGUGGGAUCAAAGCUACUCUUCUCAUGGCUGAUAUGUUAAACACGGCUCCUGCCGUCAUUCCAUCGUCUUGGAGCACUAGUAUACUCUCAUUACCAACGUUGAUUCAAAGUGCCUGUGAAGCCCUAACAAACGCAAGUAGUGUUGGAACAAAGAAUGAAAACUUUGACACUCAAGGAAACAAAUAUACUUUCAUUAAUGCUCAAAGUGCCGAACUAGUUCAUCACCGCUUCGAUGUUUUGAAUACAAUAUCAAUCCAGAACGCUUCAUGUACACCUUCAUCCGAUUCAAAUUAUUCUUUGUUCAUUCACAUUCCAAGGAAGUCGAGCUCAUAUUCUGGAUGGAAGAACACUAGAAGUGAUCAUCAAUCAUUGAUGGAUAGUUGUUGGAAAGGAGAUAGUUUGAACUUGGAAGUAGUUUCACUUUUGUUUUCUUCUCUUCUGGAUGAUGUAGACACUGCACGUAGAGUUGAUAAAGUGGAAAACAUCAAUACUAUCUUUGUCAAGCUGCUCUCAGAAGUGAGUGUGACAAACGCAUCUCAUCCUCCUUGGGCUCCAGAAAGCAAUAGAAUUCUAUUUGUAUGUGCCCGAAAUGCUAUUCUAUUCUCACUUCAACUUUGCUCGGACUAUCCAUCCAUCAUGCAAGCUCUGGAGUCUUAUGCUAAUGAUUUCAAAAUAGCUUUGGAUAACCUUUGCCAAGGAACGAACAUAUUUUCCGUCAAAAAUCUGUCAUAUGGGGGUUCCAUGUACAUAUUCUCUCUGAUAGGAGCAUACACUUCUCACACAAUGGGCGUCAGCAUAUUAAACUCGAAAGGAAUCUUCCAACAGUGA